CCGGGCCCGCGAGCGAGGUGUCCACGGCGCCGCUCGGCCGUCCCGGCUCGCAGCGGCCGCGCGCCCCCCUCCGCGGCCGGAGCUCGGUCGCCGCCCCGCCUUCUCCGGGGAGCGCCAGGCGGGAGCGGCCCGGACCCCGGGCUCGCGCGGGAGACGACGCGCCACAAACUUUGCCUUUUAUUGUUCCUAGCCCUUUAAGUGCAAGGGACUCUGGUGGGCAGGCAAAAUGUCCUUCUUCAAUUUCCGUAAGAUCUUCAAGUUGGGGAGCGAGAAGAAGAAGAAGCAGUACGAGCACGUGAAGAGAGACCUGAACCCCGAAGAGUUUUGGGAGAUUAUAGGAGAACUGGGCGACGGAGCCUUUGGGAAAGUGUAUAAGGCCCAGAAUAAAGAGACCAAUGUUUUAGCUGCUGCAAAGGUGAUUGACACCAAAUCUGAAGAAGAACUUGAAGAUUAUAUGGUUGAGAUUGACAUAUUGGCAUCUUGUGAUCACCCGAACAUAGUCAAGCUUCUAGAUGCCUUCUAUUAUGAGAACAAUCUUUGGAUCCUCAUUGAAUUUUGUGCAGGGGGCGCCGUAGAUGCUGUGAUGCUUGAACUUGAGAGACCAUUAACUGAGUCCCAAAUCCAAGUAGUUUGCAAGCAGACUUUAGAGGCGCUGAGUUACUUACAUGACAAUAAAAUCAUCCACAGAGAUCUGAAAGCUGGCAAUAUUCUUUUUACCUUAGAUGGAGACAUUAAAUUGGCGGAUUUUGGAGUAUCAGCUAAAAACACCAGGACAAUUCAAAGGAGGGAUUCUUUUAUUGGCACACCAUAUUGGAUGGCUCCUGAAGUAGUCAUGUGUGAGACAUCAAAGGACAGGCCUUAUGACUAUAAAGCUGAUGUUUGGUCCCUGGGUAUUACUUUAAUAGAAAUGGCUGAGAUAGAGCCACCUCACCAUGAGUUAAAUCCAAUGCGAGUGUUGCUAAAAAUAGCAAAAUCUGAGCCCCCAACAUUAGCACAGCCAUCAAAAUGGUCUUCAAAUUUUAAGGACUUUCUAAAGAAAUGCUUGGAAAAGAAUGUGGAUGCACGGUGGACUACAUCUCAGCUAUUACAGCAUCCCUUUGUUACUGUUGAUUCCAACAAACCAGUCCGAGAAUUGAUUGCUGAGGCAAAGGCUGAAGUAACAGAAGAGGUUGAAGAUGGCAAGGAGGAAGAGGAUGAUGAGGAAGCAGAGAAUGCUCUGCCGAUACCUGCAAAUAAACGUGCCUCCUCUGACCUCAGUAUUGCCAGCUCUGAAGAAGAUAAACUUUCUCAAAAUGCUUGUAUUUUGGAAUCUGUAUCAGAAAGAAUAGAGAACAGUACUUCUGGGGAUAAAUUUAGCAACAAAGUUCUUAAUGAAAAGCCCACCACUGACGAACCUCUGAAGGCUGUGAAGGGUGUUAAUGAGCAUACAGAUGAUUCUAACUUAGAAACCAUGGCUGAACUCAAUGACCAAACAGUAGGAAUCCAUGAGAAUGAGAGACAGAAGAGACCUAAGCUGGAAGAUCGAGCUGACACAGAAGACCAACCAACUGUGGCUGUUAAUUCAGUCAGUAAGGGAAACGAGGGGAAUAUAGUAACUUUAGAAAUGGAUACUAACCAUCUGAAACCAGAGGAAGACAGGAAGAAAGAAAACCAGGAGAUACUUGAGAAUAAACUUAUCCAACCUGAAGAAAUGAAAGAUGUGCAUAUUCAAACAAUGGACUCAGUGUCUCAAGAGACUGGAGAAACCGAGGCAGGUUUUCAGGCAAUUGACAAUGAAGUUGGUUUUACAAAAGAAGAUGCCCAAGAGAAACUGGGAAAAGAUGACAAAACUCUCCAAGUUGUAGUCAGUGAGGUAGGAACACAUGAGGCACUAGAUGCUGCUGAGAAGGCUCCCGAACACAGCAGCAAGGAUGCACAGAGUGCUGAUGGGAAGGAAGUAGUGGAAGGAACCUGGAAGUUAGAGAAGCCCAUGGAGAGCCCUGAGGCUGGUGGUGUUGAGGAAGAACCUUCUGUUCAAGGAAGAGUUGAGAAUGAAGAGCUAGGUCAGCAGUCCGCAGUGUGUGACGGCGAGGGACCAUUAAUCAGCACUUUAGAGACCACACAGGCAACCAUUGAGGAGCCAGGAACAGAUGAGGUGGAGCACGUCAGUGAGGCCCAUGGCAUUGAGGAGACAGAGAGACGUGCAGUGACUGGUGGUGCUGAGGAGCAGGCUCGAGGAAGUGAAGCUGAGUUGGAGAGGAAGGAGACCGCACAGGAAGUGCCAGUUAAACCAGAGCCCCAAGCUCCUGCAGCCUCGCAGCCCAGCGAGCCUCGUCCUGUCCUAAUACCCAGGAUCAAUAUUAACUCUGAAAACACAGAGAGUAAAGGAGAAAUGGGGACUUUACCAAAACCUGAAACCAUACUGCCACAGGAGCCUGAAAACGAAAAGGAAAAUGACGCCGACUCAGGGACCGGGUCUACUGUGGAGAACAGCAGCAGUGACUUGAAUUUGUCCAUCUCUAGCUUCUUAAGCAAAACUAAAGACAGCGGGUCAAUGUCUUUACAAGAGACAAGAAGACAGAAGAAAACAUUGAAGAAAACACGCAAAUUUAUUGUUGAUGGUGUAGAAGUGAGUGUAACAACGUCAAAGAUAGUUACAGAUAGUGACUCCAAAACCGAGGAAUUGCGGUUUCUCAGGCGUCAGGAACUUCGAGAGCUGAGAUUUCUUCAAAAAGAAGAGCAGAGGGCCCAGCAACAGCUCAAUGGCAAACUGCAGCAGCAGCGAGAGCAGAUUUUUAGGCGCUUUGAGCAAGAAAUGAUGAGUAAGAAGCGACAAUAUGACCAAGAAAUUGAGAAUCUAGAGAAGCAGCAGAAACAGACAAUUGAACGACUAGAACAAGAGCACACGAACCGCUUGCGAGAUGAAGCCAAAAGAAUCAAAGGCGAGCAAGAGAAGGAGCUGUCCAAGUUCCAGAACAUGCUCAAAAACCGCAAGAAGGAGGUUAUAAAUGAAGUGGAGCAAGCACCUAAAGAGCUGAGAAAAGAGCUCAUGAAACGCACGAAAGAGGAGCUUGCACAAAGCCAGCACGCUCAGGAACAAGAAUUUGUUCAGAAGCAACAACAAGAAUUAGAUGGCUCUCUGAAAAAGAUCAUCCAGCAACAGAAGGCAGAGUUGGCCAAUAUCGAGAGAGAGUGCUUGAAUAACAAGCAGCAGCUCAUGAGAGCUCGAGAAGCUGCGAUUUGGGAGCUUGAAGAGCGACACUUACAAGAAAAGCACCAGCUACUUAAGCAGCAACUCAAAGACCAGUACUUCAUGCAGAGACACCAGCUGCUUAAACGCCACGAGAAGGAAACAGAACAAAUGCAGCGUUAUAAUCAACGACUUAUUGAGGAGCUGAAGAACAGACAGACUCAGGAACGAGCAAGACUACCCAAGAUUCAGCGAAGUGAGGCCAAGACCCGAAUGGCCAUGUUUAAGAAGAGUCUGAGAAUUAACUCAACAGCCACACCAGACCAGGACCGUGAAAAAAUUAAACAGUUUGCUGCACAAGAAGAAAAGAGGCAGAAAAAUGAGAGGAUGGCUCAGCAUCAGAAACACGAGAGCCAAAUGCGGGAUCUCCAGUUGCAGUGUGAAGCCAACGUCCGGGAACUGCAUCAGCUGCAGAAUGAAAAAUGCCACCUGUUGGUUGAACACGAGACUCAGAAACUGAAGGAGUUGGAUGAGGAGCACAGCCAAGAGCUGAAGGAGUGGAGAGAGAGGCUGCGGCCGAGGAAGAAGACACUGGAAGAAGAGUUUGCCAGGAAACUGCAGGAGCAGGAAGUGUUUUUUAAAAUGACUGGGGAAUCGGAAUGUCUUAAUCCAUCAGCACAGAGCCGUAUCUCCAAAUUCUACCCUAUUCCCACCUUGCAUUCCACUGGGUCAUAGCAGUAGCAGCAUUCUCUGUCUGGACUUGGCUUCUAAGUACAUCAUUGUAUUCCUUCAUCUUCCACAGUAUGUACGACUCACAAAGACAAUCACCUGUUUCAUCUUCUUGGUGGUUCUGAGAAUUUGUUUCUUGGAUUUUAUUGUUAACAGAGAUGAAGGGCAAACGAACUAAGACAGAUGCCAGGCCAUGUUGGCAAGUAGCAUCUUGCAGUAAUUCCCUAAGGUGAUUUUGUAUAUUGACCUUAAAUAUUGUAUUCUUUAGACACUGUUACUGAAAAACUGCCAGAAAAAUAAUGUUUAAAAGUAUUUGGAGGAAAAAAAAUCCAAACCUGUUACAUCACUAAGUAUUAAUAAAUAUUGUUUUACCUGAUUUCUCAAUGAUGCUAAAUUCUAUAGUAAAGAUUCUCCUGUAGAAGUGGAGUAAUUUUCUUUUGGUAAACCAGCUCUUAUUAAAAAGCCAUGAGUUAUAGAAAUAUGCUAUUGAUUCAUUACAUAGAUAUAUUUUUAUCAUAAACAGGAUCAAAGUCUUUUGAAAAAGAGAAAGAUUAUUUCAGUAAUCUGUCACAAACAUUAGCCUGUGUGGGCAGGAACUAAUAAUUGAGGUGCUAAUUUUAUUAAGAUAGUGCCUAAAACACUAAAUUUUAAUCAUGUAUAAAAUGGGGUUUUCUUUUGACCAACAGGAACAAAUACCCUUCUCACUGAACAUUGCUGUUUUACCAGCUUGCUUAUAUUGUCACUUAAUAUUCAUCCUAAAACAAAUGUACAAAAUUUGGCAAGAUGAAUGAACUAGCUUUAAAAUGUGCAACUUGAACAUAGAGAACUCACCCUAUUGUCAUUAGCACAGACUGAGCUCUCCCACUGACUCCCUCCUAAUAAGCCUGCAUCUCAGCAAGGUCAGUUCUGCAGUGGAAGCUCAGAGGCCUCUGUGCUCCGAGCUUCGAUCACGACUGCAGUUCUGAAGCUGGUCUUAGAAGAAGCCUUUGUCCACAGGGAAUUUUCAUUCAGUAUCAGGCACACAUGCAAAGUGACACUGUAUUGUUUCAAAUGGGUUAUUCAGGUGCAUUUUGGUUUUAGCUUGUCCCAUGUUUAAAUUAAUUAUUUUGAGUCAGAAAAACCUGAAACCUUUAUCAUGUGGUUGCUGGUACAUGUGAUUAUUAAUGAAAUGUUCACUCUUAGUUCCUUUUGAAGCUCAGCAUCUCACCUGCGUCAGGUCAACAGUAUUAUAAAGAGCACAUUUGUGAAUGAUGCUUGCUGCCUGCCAUUGGCAACCUGCUCUCUUCUAAGAGUGCUAGGUACCAAAUUGUAAACGUUUCUGUUUUUAGUUAUAUUUUGAGGUUGGUGAAGACUAGAAAUGUCAAUGUAAUGUUGUGGAAAUACCAGUUCAUAUUAAGAAAAUGUAAAUGUCUGUAGUACUUUCUUGGAGUUCAUUUGAAAACUUUAGAUGCUGAACUUUACCUGGUUUAGAUGGUUUAAAAAUGCAUGUGUAAUUUUAAUUUUAUAAUUAUUUUGACAAGCUUAAUUUUCUUGGACAACCUUGUAGGUAGCCUUAACUUUCAGCCAAUUUUGUUUUUAUAUAAAUAUAUAUACAUAUAUAUAUAUAUAUAAUGUAUGGUUGUAAAUUCAUACACUUAUCACAUGAAUGUGUUACUGUAUACAGAAUCCUUAAUGCUUUAUUUUCAGAUGCUGGGUUGAAAACUGUUUGAAAGCCUUUAAAUAUAUAUCUUUAUAAAGUAAUAUUCAGGAUGAUGAUGGAAAUUGUUUAUAUUAUUAUGAUAAAAGACGGAAUUAUGUUG